AAAAUGGGAAAAAGGCGACCGGCGCCGAGUAUAUUAUAGCAAGAAAUUCGCGUUUCCUCGCUGGUUUCGUCCCUUGUUUGGCGACAUCGAGUGCAUGAUGGAAAUGAGAAUAGGAAUAUCGAAUAUGGCGGUAGAUCUUUCAGAUAGCUUUCGGGAGAAGGAAGAAAAUGAAGCCGUUUGUGACCAGGGCGUGUGGCGAAUACGAGUGAGCGAGACAACAAUCAAAGGUCUCCGAGAGAUUCGGCUCAGACUCUCAUUGAGUUCGUACGAAGAAGUAUUUUGUCUGCUUCUCGAUAGCUAUAAAGAUUCAGCAAGCUGGAGACACCAAACUGACACAGUGGGACUGAGUACAGACCAUACGAGUGAGAGUUUAACUGAGGCAGGUCAUCCAAGCACUGAAGAAUGUGAACCUGACAAUGUUGAUAUAAAAACCAUGGCAAAUGAGGUGACGUUAGACAGGGAAAUCAAAGAGGAGACAUAUGAGACAUACAGCAUUGUCAAGGAAGAAGACCUGAAGGACACUUUGACAGGACAGAACCCUUUGCAGGAAGACAAGGCAGGAGGCUGUAGGACAGAGAAUGAAACAACUCUCCAAAAGUCAGAGAAACCAAGAGGAACUCCUGAGACUUCCUUAGAGCAUAGUAAUUUUGAAGGAAGACUGACUGAAGAUGGUGGAUCGGAAGCACUAUCAACACAUGGUCAUGGUGAUUCCAUGGUUGACCGAAGGUCAGAAGAAGGCUGGACAGAAGACAAAGAUGAUGACAAGGGGAUGGAGGUUCCUCAAUCAUCAGAAAGGAUGUUGACUUGCUUUAUAAAGGAAGAACCUGAAGACAGUACUGAAGGUGAAGCUGAAGGCUCCAAUCUUUAUGACACACCAUCCUGCAGCCAACAAGGUUUGUAUUUAAUUUUUUGUGAUAUCAAACGAUUUUGUGUGUCAGUGGGAUAUCAGAGUAAACUAUAA